GUGAUUUGUCAGCUCAUAUUCAGAGCAAGCGGGCAUUUUUAUUUUAAUCACAAGCUAAUUGUAAAAAUUCGUGGUAGAAUAAUAAUUAUACUAUACUAUAAAUAAAAUUAAACCCCGUAGAAUAGUUAUAAUGAGUCCUCGUUCACGUAGUCGCAGUAUUUCCCCACGUCGUAGUUACACCAAGUCACCAGUUCGCCGCAACAAUGGGCGUCGUUUCUUAAAUAGACGACAUUCAAGAGAAAAGGUGUACAGUUCUCGCAGUAGAUCAGCUUCACGACAACCGCAUUCUCCGCCACCACUGCCAUCAGGACGAGUUGGACGUUACUCAGAAGCCAGUCAAAGCUCUUCAACGUCACUCUCUCCACGUCAUGGUCGUCGUAUUUCCCGUUCACGUUCCCGUAGCACAUACGAAAAGCGUCGUGGUAAUAGGGAAAAGCCAGUGCAAAAUCGGUGUAUAGGUGUAUUUGGUUUAAGUGUGUAUACAACGCAACAAAAAAUACGUGAUAUAUUUUCCAGAUUUGGACCCAUUGAACGAAUACAAGUUGUAAUUGAUGCACAGACUGGUAGAUCGCGUGGAUUUUGUUUUAUUUAUUAUGAGGACAUAGCGGAUGCAAAGGCGGCCAAGGACGCCUGCUCCGGCAUGGAAAUUGAUGAUCGGCGCAUAAGAGUUGAUUACUCAACAACGCAAAGACCGCACACUCCCACUCCUGGUGUCUAUAUGGGCCGACAAACACGACGUGAACGUGAGCAUAAUGAUCGCUAUCGAGAUGACUAUCGUCCCCGUCGUCGCUCGGGCUCACCUUAUCACAGUCGCAACAAUAACUACCGCAGUGAUCGAAGGCGUCGUUAUGAACGCAGUCGGAGUCGUUCCUACUCUCCGCGGCGUGCCCGCUAUUGAAACUGCUAUGUGUAUAAAUUAUAAUGUUAUUAGUAAUUUUUACACAGAAAACAUAAACUGUAGUACUUUUGCUCCCUAUGUUUUCAAAUGGACUUAAUGUGCAAAAUGUGAACAAAAAUUACAGAUUUUAAAUAGCUGCUGAAUUAUACCGAAAUAUCAUGAGUUAUUGGUUCCUUACGUGGGUGUUUUGUUAACGUUUUCAUUAUAUUGAACAUUUGACAGCAAAUUAUUUAUUAUAAAUAAUGUAUGGAAUGUGUUUUUUAUUUGUAACAAUCGAAUUAACGUACUAUUCAGCCAGCAGCAUAAUAUUGAAUUAUUUCGCCCAAGUUUGGCAUUUACUCUGUUUUUAUUAUUUAUGCUAGUUUCAAUGCAAUUACAAUUGCUAUUUAUUUAAUAACAUCAUUUAUUAUUUGCUUACUUAUAACACAUUUUAUUUGUUGACUACCAAACAUUUUUAUAACUCUGUUUAGCAGUAGACAGUAUGUAUUGCAAUUUCAUAAUUAAAACAAAAAAAAAA